CGCAACCUUCCCUUCUUUCCCCGACGCUACCCAGUAUAAUAAUAACAGUAACAAUAAUAAUAGCAGUAAGAGCAACGCUUGGAUGGCUGAUCAAGAUGUAGAGAAGUGUCAGGAGACACCAAGAGCGGAAGACUUGGUAAUGGACAGUGAAAAGGAAGAGGCAGUGACUGACCAAAAGGAAGAAGAAAGUGAGGUUCAGUUGGAUCUCUCCACUGAAGAUGGCGCCAAAAAAGUUGUGCCAGGCAUAAUUUACCUUGGUCACAUCCCCCCUCGCUUCCGGCCACGACACGUCCGUAACUUGCUUAGUGUGCAUGGUGAAGUAGGACGUAUUUUCCUGCAGCCUGAAGAGCGAUUUAUACGAAAGAAAAAGAAGAAAGCAGGUAGCAAUGCCAAGAACUUCACUGAAGGCUGGGUAGAAUUCAGGGAUAAGCGUGUGGCAAAGGUGGUAGCUGCCAGUUUGCACAAUACGCCCAUGGGUGUCCGCAGGAGGAGCCGAUUCCAUUAUGACCUCUGGAAUAUGAAGUAUCUGCACCGCUUCAAGUGGACUCACCUGAGCGAGCGACUGGCCUAUGAGCGGCAGGUGCGGCAGCAGCGCAUGCGGGCCGAAAUUUCACUGGCCAAGCGCGAGACUAAUUUCUACCUGCAGAAUGUAGAGAAGAGCAAGCGCUUUUCAGAAAAGGGCAGCCGGGGAGGACAGGAGGAGAAGAGCUGGGGCUUUGUCCAGCGCCAGACUGAGGAAGAAAUCCAGACCAGCAAAGGGAACAAGCGCCUGAAGAAGCAGUUGGCCCGGGCUGCUGACAUCCAGCAGAAAUCCCAGUCAAACAGCUCUCUGCUCUCCAAGAUCUUCAAUAUCCAACAGUAGUGCUUGUCCUCUGGAACGUCACGACUUGCCGCCGAUCCCGGCUUAGCUGCUGGCUGCUGGGUUUUUAUAAGCCAAGCAGACUCAGUCUAUUCUUGAACCUACCAAAGCAGGCGGGGGAAGUUCAUUCUUCGUUGUCAGGCGCACGGCACAUUUUAUUCAUAUGCUGUGGUUGUAAAUCUUGUCGAUCUUAAUGCUGUGCGGAGGGAGCCUCUUUUUAGGGAGCUGUCCAGCUUUGCCUGAGCAGCAUUAAAGCUUUCCCCUGUGGGGAUUUGGCA